AUGCAAAAUUUUUUCCGGUGUUGGGAAAAGAAAAAAAAAGUCUACAUCGAAACGGUUUUCAAAUAUGCUUUUAAUUUCUUUCUUUCUUUCUUUUCUUUUUCUUUCUCUUCUUCUAUCUAUUUCUAUCUAUCUAUCUAUCUCAUUUGCUAUAUCUAUCUAUCUAUCUAUCAUCUAUCUAUCUAUCUCAGUUUGCUCAUAUCUAUCUAUCUAUCUAUCUAUCUAUCUAUCUAUUCAUCUAUCUAUCUAUCUAUCCCAGUUUGUUCAUAUCUAUUCAUCUAUCUAUCUAUCUAUCUAUCAUCUAUCUAUCUAUCUAUCUCAGUUUGUCUAUCUAUCUAUCUAUUCAUCUUGCUCAUAUCUAUGUAUGCUCUAUCUAUCUAUCUAUCUAUCUAUCUAUCUAUCUAUCUCAGUCUGAUCAUAUCUAUCUAUCUAUCUAUCUAUCUAUCUAUCUAUCUAUCUAUCUAUCUAUCUAUCUAUCUAUCUCAAUCUGCUCUAAUCCCCAAUUUCUCUUUAUUUUAUUUCCUUUCCUUUUUUUCUAUUACCGUUAACAUUUCUCUUUCAUUUUCUUUCAUUUCUUGUAUUACCGUUACCAUUUCUCUUUCUUUCAUGUUUUUUAUAUUACUGUCACCAUUUCUCUUUCAUUUUCUUUCAUUUCUUGUAUUACCGUUACCAUUUCUCUUUCUUUCAUGUUUUUUAUAUUACUGUCACCAUUUUUCUUUCAUUUCUUGUAUUACCGUUACCAUUUCUCUUUGUUUCAUGUUUUUUAUAUUACUGUCACCAUUUCUCUUUCAUUUUCUUUCAUUUCUUGUAUUACCGUUAGCAUUUCUCUUUGUUUCAUGUUUUUUAUAUUACCGUCACCAUUUCUCUUUCAUUCAUGUUUUUGUUUUACCGUCACCAUUUCUCUUUCAUUUUUUGUAUUACCGUUACCAUUUCUCUUUCUUUCAUAUGUUUUUAUAUUACCGUUACCAUUUCUUUUUCGUUUUCUUUCAUUUUUGUAUUACCGUUACCAUUUCUUUUUCUUUCAUAUGUUUUUAUAUUACCGUUAACAUUUCUCUUUCAUUUUUUGUAUUACCGUUAGACUUUCUCUUUCUUUCAUGUUUUGUAUUACUUUUUUCAUUUUUGUAUUACCGUUACCAUUUCUCUUUCUUACAUAUGUUUUUAUAUUACCGUUACCAUUUCUCUUUCAUUCAUGUUUUGUUUUACCGUCACCAUUUCUCUUUCAUUUUCUUUCAUUUUUGUAUUACCGUUACCAUUUUUCUUUCUUUCAUGUUUUUAUAUUACUGUUACCAUUUCUCUUUCUUUUUCUUUCAUUUUUUUGUAUUACCGUUGCUAUUUCUCUUUCUUUCGUUUUUUUUCAUUUUUUCAUUACUCUUAGCAUUUCUCUUUCAUUUUUUUGUAUUACCGUUACCAUUUCUCUUUCGUUUUCUUUCAUUUCUGUGUUACCGUUACCAUUUCUCUUUCUUUCAUUUUUUUGUAUUACCGUUACCAUUUCUCUUUCGUUUUCUUUCUUUUUUGUCUUACCGAUGCCAAUUCUCUUUCGCUUUCUUUUAUUCCUUUUUUGUAUUUUCUUUUAUUUCAGUCUUUCUUUCAUUUUAUCUUUCGUUCUUUAUUUCAUUCUUUCUUUCAUUUUAUAAUUUUUAUUCUUUUUUUUGUUCAAUUAUUUUUCUUCCUUUCUAUUUCUUGCCUUCUGCCAUUAUUUCAUUCUUUCAUUUCUUUCAUUUUUCUUUCUUUUUUGUAUUUUCUUUUUUUCUAACAUUAUAUCUUUAUUUUCUUUCUUUCAUUUAUUCAACAUUUUUCCUUCGUUUUCUUUCAUUUUUUUACAUUUAUUCUUUUUAUCAUUGUUACCUUUUUUUCUUUCUUCAUUCUGCCUUUCAAUUUCAUUCUUUCUUUCUUUCUUCUAAACUGUAUUUCUUUCAGAAUUCAUUCACGUUUAAAAUUUUUAUUCAACCUUUUUCUUUCUUUCUUUCUUUCUCGGUUCUUUCUUUCUUUCUUUCUUUCUUUCUUUCUUUCUUUCUUUCUUUAAGACAUUAUUUGUAUAAUUCCUUCAGGUCUACUUUUUACUCAUUUUUAUUCAACCUUUUUCUUUCUUUCUUUCUUUCUUUCUUUCUUUCUUUCUUUCUUUCUUUCUCAGAAACAUUAUUUCCUUCUCUUUCUUUCCUUUCCUUUCUUUUUUUCUUUCUUUCUUUUUUCUUUCUUUCUUUCUUAUUUUUCUUUCUGUCUCGCUUUCGUUCUUUCUUUCUUUCUUUCUUUCUUUCUUUCUUUUCCUUUCCUAUUUUUCUUUCUUUCUUUCUUUCUUUCUGUCUUUCAUUCUUUCUUUCUUUCUUUCUUUCUUUCUUUCUUUCUUUCUUUAAAACAUUACUUGAUUUAACCCUCCAUGCCUAA